GCUACUUUCAUUCGGCUCACUGAGGUUUCAACUCGCAUCACGAGAGUCUGUCCGUCCGUCUGUCAUCUGUUACCUGAUGAAGAUGAUGCUCAUGUACACCUGUCUGCUUGGAUUGCUGGUCUGCGGCACUCAAGCUUUGCUUCAGGUGUCGAUAUCGCUUAAUAAAGUGGAGCUGAGUGUUGGAGAGUCCAAGUUCUUCACCUGCACAGCCAUUGGCGAGCCAGUUAGCAUAAACUGGUUUAACCCUCAAGGUGAGCGCAUCAUCUCAAACCAGCGAGUGGUGGUGCAUACAGAAGGAGUGCGGUCUCGAUUGACAGUCUACAACGCCAUCAUCGAGGAUGCUGGGAUAUAUCGCUGCCAGGCUGUGGAUGCCACAGGACAAACCCAGGAGGCCACGGUGGUGCUCGAAAUCUACCAGAAGCUGACGUUUCGUGAGGUGAAGACCCCACAGGAGUUUCGUCAGAACGAGGAUGCUGAGGUCAUCUGUGAUGUCAUCAGCUCACCCGUACCCGCCGUCUCCUGGUUCUACAAGACCAGAGAAAUCACAUCUGAUCCCAACAACAGGCUUCACGUCCUGCCCAACAACAACCUCCAGAUCAUGAAAGUGACUAAAGCGGAUGAGGGGGUGUUCCGCUGUGAGGCGCGAGUGGAGGCCCGGGGAGAAAUUGAUUUCCGGGACAUUGUUGUGCUGGUCAACGUUCCUCCGGCUCUGACUGUACCUCAGCAGGCCUUCAACGCCACCGCGGACUAUCAGGAGUCAGUCACCUUCACCUGCAUCACCUCAGGCUCUCCGGACCCUCAGGUGACCUGGUACUGGAAGGGUCACGUGAUCGAGCGCUCGGAGCAGUACGUGUUAAACUCUCUGGACAGGGGAAAAAGCACGCUGACGGUUAAAAACAUCCGGCAGGGGGACGGAGGACCCUACACGUGUCGAGCCAGCAACAAAGCUGGGAGUACGGAGAGUCAACUCUUCCUCAAAGUCUUCGUCCCGCCUCACAUCACUCAGUUACGGAACGUGACGGCGGUGGAGGGAAGCGCUGCUAUGAUUUCCUGUACAGCUGAAGGUGAACCCGUGCCUGAGAUCUCAUGGAGAAGAGCCAGUGACGGACAGACAUUCAAAGAUGGAGAUAAGAGUCAGGACGGCCGUGUGGAGGUACGCGGACGGCACGGGAAGUCCACGUUGACCAUCAGCGGCGUGCGGCUCUCAGACUGGGGUCGCUUCGACUGCGAGGCCCUCAGUAGGAUCGGAGGCCAUCAGAAGAGCAUGUUCCUGGAUAUUGAAUAUGCGCCAAAGUUCCAGACCAAUCAGACCAUCUUCUUCUCGUGGGAGGGAAAUCCAGUGAACAUCAGCUGUGACGCGAGGUCCAACCCUCCAGCGACGAUGCUCUGGAGAAGAGAUCGCUUUACCAUCUCCAGCCAGGGGACGGGCAACAUACAGAUCCACACCGCAGAGGGCCGCUCCAUUCUGGAGGUCACUCCAGUGUCCGAUAGGGAUUUCGGGCGCUACAACUGCACAGCCAGAAACAACAUUGGCGCUCGAUACCAGGAGUUUAUAUUAGCACAGGCAGAUGUUCCUUCGAAUCCGACCUCCGUCAGACUGACCGCCAUAUCCCAACGUCUCGCCACCGUGACCUUCAUGAAGCCCGACUCACACGGAGGUGUUCCCAUCAGCUAUUACAUCAUCCAUUACAAAGACAUAAGCUCACCCGAUUGGAGGACAGUGAGAUCACAUGGAGUUCAGACUACAGUCGUCCUGGCUAACCUGGAGCCCAACACCACGUAUGAGGUGAGGGUGGCGGCGGUGAACGGAAAGGGUCAGGGAGAGUUCAGCCGCACGGAAAGCUUCCAGACGCUUGCCAUACGCGAGCCGAGUCCUCCUACAGUACACGGACAGAGAGGUGUCGGGAAAGCCUACAGACUCGGUCUGAUCAAACAGGAUGACGGUGGAAUGCCCAUCGUGGAGUACAUCGUGAAGUACAAGACGGAAAAGGAGGAGCAGUGGAUGACGAAGUUGGUUCCCGGCGUGAACGACGUCGCCGUGUUACAGCCGCUUCAAUGGAACACGCGAUACAACGUGGAGAUCACGGCACGCAAUCUGAAAGGCCUGUCGGAACCCACCUUCUUCCAGUUCCUCAUGCCUCAGAAACCAGACAUCACAGCAGAUUCACUGUUCAGUGGUCUCGGUCUGGGUGCUGUGGUGGGUCUGGGCGUCACCGGUGUUCUUCUGCUGCUGGUGUUGGUGGACGUCAGCUGUUUUUUCCUGCGUCAGUGUGGACUGCUCAUGUGCAUCAGCCGUAAGUUCUGCAGCAAGAAAACGGCCACCGGCGGCAAGAGCAAAGAGCUGGAGGAGGGCAAAGCAGCGUACCUGGGAGAUGGGUCGAAGGAUCCUAUUGUGGAGAUGAGAUCUGAAGAGAGAAUAACAAACCAGCAGGACGGCAGUCCAGUUCUCGAACCCAGUGAGACAACUCCACUGACCGAACCCGAGAAACUCCCACUAAAGGAAGAAAACGGCAAAGACGUGCUAAAGCCGGACUUAAUCGAGAUCAAAGUGCACGGCGACCACGGUCUUCACAUGAAACAGGACGACGGUCAAGCGUAAUGGAAGAGACAUUCCCAGCCCAAUGGAACUGAGACCAAACGAGAAUAUAUAUAUAUAUAUAUAUAUACACAGUAUAUAUAUAUAUAUAACAAAAGAAAAGAUGAUUGACGGGCGUGUAAAUAUGUUCAAAUAUAUACAGAGAGACAGUUCAGUUUUUUUGUGAUAAAUCUAUGAUGGUCUUUCUAUUCGAGGCUCUUGCACAUUCGGUUGCCGUUUCUGUCUUGGGCCUUUUUGUGUUUUGGUAGCAUCCUGAACACACGAAACGGAGGACUCGCGCCGAAACGUGCAGAUUUUACUUCUCUUUUCCAGGCAUGUGGAGUGAGAGUCGAGUCCGCCGAGACAUCUGUGUCGUCUUAUAUAGUCUUGAUUAUUUCAGGCCAUCUUCAUCUAUACGUUUGAAGACUUCAUCUGUUCGAGUGUUUCUGUGAAAUCCGUGGAGAAUUCAACGCAGCGUCCCUGAAAAACGAGCCAAUGGUUUGAAUUCACAGCCUGCCUUUAUUCUGGUUUCCUCUGAGGGACGAUACGUAUCGUCUUAUAUUCACUUCGACUGCUGACCGUCACAUCGCUCUGAAGGUUUCAUCCAACAUUUGUAACGGCUGUAACGUUGACGAAACUCGAGUCAAAACAAGUCCUGGCAAAACUUUAGUGACUUAACAGUUCUUCUUUAACUGCCAUGACGCCAGAUGAAGUGUGUGUGUGUAUGUGUGUGCGUGUGUGGCCAGAAGUAUACUGUACUUUACACAAAUAGAGACAUGAAUGUUCGGACAACUAAAUGCAAAGUGCAUUUUUAGGAAACUUUAGUUCUCUAGGGGGCGAUAGUCUGAUGUUAUUCAGGUAACUAAACAUGUCAACUUCGCAGCGAGAGUCUUCUCAAACUGCUGCUGUGGCGCAACAAUAUUUCAUCAGUUAAAGAGAAACCGAGUCAUUUUACAAUCGUAAAUUGUAAAAUUGAUGAAUGAGCAUAUCAUAUCAAUGAGUGUGAUACGAUGCCGUCACAUGAAACACGCAUGUACACUCAAACAUGUGGGUAGUUGACAAAUAAACCGUAAAUUCACACACAAAAAAACAAUGAAGAUAUAAAAUAAUAUAUUAUUAACAGUUUGUUUUCUACUUCUCUGCCAUGUCACACCAUAUGACACAUGGACGGUAUGUUUCUGGUGAGUGUUUGCCACCUGAGCCACUUGAGUUAUUAUAUUUGAUAUAUUUUACUAUAGUUCACACCUAUGUGUACAUACAGUUCAUGAGUAUGCCGUAGUCUUACUGUAAAUGUUCCCAGAAAAUGAAGAAUAACGUUUCUGUAAGUAUUCCAUAAGAUUAAGUUAUUAAGUGAAAUAUGCAGCAGGGCAUUAUCUAGCAGAUCUGAAUCAUAUCUCGAUUAAGAUUAUUGACAAAAAAUCAGAAGUCCUAAGACAUUUCGUUUUGAUGUAUAAUUAUUUGGAUGAGAUCGAAGGUGUAGUGCUCACUGAGAGCGUAAACAGAUGUGAUGAAUCAUCUCUUACGUGUUAAUGGACAUCCACUCAAAGCGAUUUCUUUAUAUACGGUGAGUCUUUUGGUUUCUCACGGACGUUAGUGAUGUCGGACAUAAUCUGAACUCUUGAUUCCAAGUCACCACAUCACGUCACUUUGCAUUUGAGUUGAAAUCUUUUCUGCCACUGUCACACGAAACAUUUGAAGCAAAACGACACUUUUUUGAGCGCUUUUGUCGAUUGGUGAACUUAAACGUGAAAUCUCGUGUGUUCAUUGUUUUCUUUUAAAGCUGUAAAUCGGUAACGUUUUUGUUAAAAAAAUCAAGCAAGUACAUAAAAAUCUGUGUCGCGAACUGUCUCCUUACCGUACCCUGAUUCACAACGGUCAGAUUUUGCAGAAAAAUGUCACUUCGACCUCAUUUGAUUUGAGCUCAUAAUUUAUGCAAUUCACAUUUCAAUCAGAGAUGGCGAUAAAGAGGCUAAAGUUUCUGACUGUAGCUCUCUAAUCUACCGAAACAAUAUUUUUAGAGAGACUGAUUUGUGUCACAAAUAAGUUGUUAUUUAUAAAAAUAAAACAAUUAUUUAUAGAAACGAUGCAAAAUACAAUUUCAUGGCAUGUUGGAAAUAUGGUAUUUUUGGGAAGCAGAACAAAUUCCUUUUUUGACCCUCAGCAUUGAUUUUUAUUUAAAGGUUCAUUUUUAUUUACAUUUAUGCAUUCGGCAGAAUCUUUUUAUACAGCGUUAUUCAUUUUUUUCCUGCAAUGCUCCACCAACUGAGCUGUACAGGAACAUCGGGUCAUUUCAUAUUUAAAACAUUAUUUUCUGAACAAUAAAAAUAGUCUUUCUUUUAUAUUCAUAUUCACAGUAGUGUAUCUGACACGCACACACAAUUCCUGUGAAUUUCUGUUCAAGUGUUCUAUGCAUCUGUCAUCUCUCCUGUGAUUCCGUUAGUUUGAUGUUAGGACUUUGAUCUUGUGUGUGUCACAGGUAUUUUUGUUUACAGGGAACAGCCGAAAUCUGAUUUUACCACUGUAAUUUACACCUGUAAAUAAAUGUGUCCUGCUGUGAGACGCUGCUUGUAAGAAAUUCUCCCUUUCUUUGUCUGUGUCGACUCUUUUUUUAAAAGAUUUCAUUUGAUUUGAAAGGUUUUUGAAAUAUACUGUAUUUAAGCACUGUUUGAGACAUUGUUUAGAGAUACAUACAUAUAUAGAUACAUUAUAUAUACAAAUAUUGGAUUCAAGCAACGUUUCUCAGUUUGCUCUCCGCUGAAUCUCAGUUUCUGGUGAGUGACAGAGAAACGGUUGAGAUAUUAAAGAGAUCGCGCUGGUGAUUUAAUGACCAUACAGUGCUCUGUGUGUUUGCUUUACGCUGCGGUAAUUGAAAUAUGUGUGAUUCAGUUUGCUUCUCAGACAGUUGUGUUGGUUGAAAUCCUGGUCGUUGUUUUAAAAGCUGUUUUCCAGUGCUGUUUUCAUCUGUUUUUGUAGCAGUUUCAGGUCAUUCAGCGUGAACGUGUCUAUUAGAUCUUUAUUAAACUGCACAGCAUCGGUAAUAGAAAACCCUUCAGGCUGAUUUCAAACGAUCAAUAUCCUAAACGUACAGCAAUUACCUCCUAAUUGUGCCAUUGAAUCGCAAAAGCGUCUGAAGGUGAAUCAGAGAGAUAAAAACUUUUAGAGAUGCAUUAUGGGAAACCUUUCCCUACGUACACUGGCAUAUACAGUAUAUGUUUUCUCCUAAAUACACAUAGAGAUUUUAAAAACAACAAGGUAAACCACAUGAGAAAUACCGUAAAAUAUAUAUAUAAAUAUGACAUAUAAAUAUGCAAAAUAAUGCACAAAUAUAUGAAGAUGAGCAUAAAAAAUGAGAUUACGUAUUUUAAAUUGGGACUUAUAUUUUCUGUAGACAGUGUGAGCUUGUGCGUACAUAGUAACCACAGGUAAAAUGAUCUGUGACUCCUCGUUACCAUGGUUACCUUACCACCAUCAUCAUUGACCUGUGGAUUAAUUGCUUCAUUGAUCUGUACAGUAUGUGUCUGAUUCCACACGUCAACAACAGAUGGAUGAAUAUGAUAUUGUAAUCUAGUCGAGAGCUUCAAGUCUCUUAAGGGUUUCCAGAGAAUUGCUCAACAGCCUUUACAGUGUUUUUCAGAUCAUACAAAAGAAUAUUGUGUUCUUGAGAAUUUUUUUAACUUACCUUUAGAUUGAUUUCUUACUGUUGCACAUCUACUAAAUAGAAAUGAAAGGUCACAAUAAAGAUGACGAUCCAAAUAUAGUUCUCUGCUUAGUGUGAAACUUAAAGGCACAGUUAACUACUUCCAUUUUUUUAUUUGGUUUUAGAUAUUGCACAUGUUUAGAACGAACAGAUACAGACCAUGCAGUGUUCUACUGAAAUGAAGUGUAGAAUGUUCAAAUUAAAGUGAUAGUUCACCCAAAAAUAACAAUUCUGUCAUCAUUUACUCACCCUCGUGUUAUUUGAAAUUGGUAUGACUUUUCUUCUUAUGCAGAACACAAAAGAAGACAUUUUGAAAAACGUUGAUAACCAAACAUUGAUCUCCAUUAAAUGGACAUAAGACCACAGAGACGUUUCUUGAAAUAUCUUCUUUCGUGUUCGCCCGAGCACGUGAGGGUGAAUAAAUAAUCACACAGUUUUAUUUUUGGGUGAACUAUCUCUUAAACUUCUCAAAUGUUUUUUUAUGUAGUAGGCACACUUCCAUACGCUGGUGUUAUUGGAUGAAAACUUCGGAAGGCUGCCAAGACAAUCCCCCGUCUUCAGAGAGGGCAGUAAAUGGAUUAACCAGCAGCUUCCAGCUGUUAAAGCCGCAGUGUUAGUGAAGAACGUGAGGAGAGGAUCAGUCAGUCCCUUCACCCGGGACCUGGUGACACUUCAGAUAUGUUGUGUAAUCCACACAAUUGGGAUUUCACGGGUCAACAGUACACGGUUCGGAGUCGAUGAUAUAACACCAAUCUGGCAACCAUGAACAGUGACACUUGGGUUGCCAGGUGUUUAAUGAACCCACGGAAUGAAACACUUCAGACAUGCAGAUCCAGUAAUGACGAGAUGUUACGAGUGAGAAUUGCGAGGCUAAAAAUGGAGGCACAGUUCUGACUCCAGCGUUCACAUUCACUCAUAUGAUUAAUGCAGAAUUAAUUGGCCUCUUUGGGGGUGUGAAGAGACCUAAUUGUCGAAAAUGAAGAAAAUACUUUUCAUGGAGUGAGACGUGAUGAAUAUUAGUGUUCAUUUUUCAAACUCAGAGAGAACGUUUAGAAUGUUAUUUACAUGUACUUUAUUUUGAUGUCUUUAAUUUGUGAUGAAAUGUUCCGUUCCUGAUUAUGGUAAUUGAUCACUUUUUAAGAAAAAAGUAAGUCAGGGAAAGAUAUUUUUGCAGUUAAUAUAAUUAUAUUCACUCAUCAUAAAAGUGUUUUUUGUUUUUUCAGUUUUAUGAGCCUGGUAUCAGUAAUUAGUAACUUUCUUACGAAGUGGCAAAUUUGUAUAAAUUUAUAUACAAUAUCAAUCAUAAAUCCAAACGAUUACUUAAUAGCAAAAAUAAAGCUACUAAAAUGUACGAAUGAGAUCUCACAAAUUCAUACGAUUUAGCCAUCUCAAAAAUACGAAUUGCCAUGAGAUUGUGUUUCAGACUAUAUGAACCAAUAUGUCACACUAGUUUAUGCUAAUGCUUUCUGAAAUCAAAAUUCACUAAUAAGUAGGCCUACACUUAUUAGUGUGCAUAACACCAUCUGCUCCACCCACACAAACUGUUUCAUCUUGUUCGUCCACAACAACAGACAGACAUCAGCACCUGGACCAUCACUGUGGAUUCGUGGAGACGUUUAUACAGCAUCAUCGACUGCUGCACAGACCAGACAUGGACUUCUUAUAAAGGUUGUAGACACUUGGGAGACACUAGUAAAAAAAGAAAAAGUGUUUGUCUAUUAGAAUUUAUUGAUGUAUAAUGCAUUUGCAAAUACGUUUUUACUUUUUACAGGCUUACCACAAUCUAUGAACAGAGUUUCCCAUGUUUUAGUGAAGGUCUGUGAAUAAUUUAAUGAAGUGAAUUUACUUGGUAACCAUUUAGUUUAUUCACAAUAUGCACACAUUUAUUCAUAAUAUU